AUGUCUUGGUUUAGAAGUCUCUGUAUAAACGCAAGUCGAUAUCACAAAGUGUGUCUCCCUUUAUUAUGCACAUGGAAUCGUAGAAAUGAAUCGCCGUACACCAUGCCUCCAGUUGAUGGAACAUCCCAAUGGUUACGAAAAACGAUAGAUUCAGCGGCCGUAAUACUAUUCAGCAAGACGACUUGUCCUUAUUGCAAAAAUGUGAAGGAUGUUUUGGCUGAAGCAAAGAUUAAGCAUGCGACAAUUGAACUAGAUCAAUUAUCCAAUGGUUCGGCCAUCCAGAAGUCUUUAGCCAGCUUCUCUAAAAUUGAAACAGUUCCUCAAAUGUUUGUUAGGGGAAAAUUCAUCGGGGAUUCUCAGAUGGUAUUAAAAUACCACCGUAAUAAUGAACUGACGAGUAUUGUCAAUGAAAGCAAGUAUGACUAUGAUUUGAUAGUUAUCGGUGGAGGAUCUGGUGGACUUGCUGCUGGAAAGGAAGCUGCUAAAUACGGUGCGAAAACAGCCGUUUUGGACUAUGUAGAACCUACUCCAAUAGGUACCACCUGGGGAUUAGGUGGGACGUGUGUAAACGUCGGAUGUAUCCCGAAAAAAUUGAUGCACCAAGCUGGACUCUUAAGUCAUGCGUUGGAAGACGCAGAACAUUUCGGAUGGAGUUUGGAUCGGUCGAAAAUUUCGCAUAAUUGGUCAACUAUGGUUGAGGGGGUUCAAAGUCAUAUCGGUUCUUUGAACUGGGGUUAUAAAGUUGCACUAAGAGAUAAUCAAGUCACAUAUCUGAAUGCUAAAGGGAUGCUUAUAGGCCCUCAUGAAGUGCAGAUUACAGAUAAGAAUCAAAAAGUAUCUACAAUAACUGGAGAUAAAAUUAUCUUAGCUACUGGUGAACGCCCCAAAUACCCAGAAAUACCUGGAGCGGUUGAAUAUGGGAUUACAAGCGAUGAUUUAUUUUCUUUGCCAUACUUCCCGGGCAAGACACUAGUCAUUGGAGCAAGUUACGUUGCACUGGAAUGUGCUGGUUUCCUUGCUAGUUUAGGCGGUGAUGUUACCGUUAUGGUUCGUUCCAUUUUACUUCGUGGUUUUGAUCAACAAAUGGCUGAAAAGGUUGGUGACUACAUGGAGAAUCAUGGAGUCAAGUUUGCAAAGUUAUGUGUACCAGAUGAGAUCAAACAACUGAAAGCAGUAGAUACUGAAAAUAAUAAGCCUGGACUUUUGCUUGUGAAGGGUCAUUAUACCGACGGUAAAAAAUUUGAAGAAGAAUUUGAAACGGUCAUUUUUGCUGUUGGUCGUGAACCGCAAUUAUCGAAGGUUCUUUGUAAAACCGUGGGUGUUAAACUAGACAAGAAUGGUCGAGUUAUAUGCACAGAUGAUGAACAAACUACAGUCAGUAAUGUUUAUGCCAUUGGAGAUAUCAAUGCUGGAAAACCACAAUUAACUCCCGUGGCUAUUCAAGCCGGGCGCUACUUGGCUAGACGUUUGUUUGCUGGUGCAACUGAACUAACUGACUAUUCCAAUGUUGCUACAACUGUUUUCACUCCACUUGAAUAUGGGGCUUGUGGAUUGAGUGAAGAAGAUGCAAUUGAAAAAUAUGGUGAUAAAGAUAUUGAGGUGUAUCAUUCAAAUUUUAAACCUUUGGAAUGGACUGUCGCUCAUCGCGAAGAUAACGUUUGUUACAUGAAACUUGUUUGUCGUAAAUCUGAUCACAUGCGUGUACUGGGUCUGCAUGUUUUGGGUCCUAAUGCUGGGGAAAUAACACAAGGAUAUGCAGUUGCAAUUAAAAUGGGUGCAACUAAAGCAGAUUUUGAUCGUACAAUAGGAAUUCACCCAACUUGUUCUGAGACAUUUACAACGCUACAUGUAACUAAAAAGUCUGGCGUGUCACCCACAGUGAGCGGUUGCUGA